UUCAAACUUACUGUUAUCUCUUUUUUUAUCUACAUUAUAUAAAUAUAUAAAAUGGCUUCAUUACAGUCAUUAAAAGCACCAACAUUAGUUAGCAAAAAGACUCAAAAAGAGAUUCAAGGAGAAGACGAUGAUAUUAUUAUCGAUGCCAAUGCUUUACCUAGUCGUCAAAGUCAAGAUGAUGUAGCAAUGGAAGAAAGCUCUUCUUCAAUGAAUAAGCCUAACUUUGCUCCUGCAAGUAAAGCUGAAUUAAAGAGUGUGACGAAAGGUUUCCGUAAAAUUCCCAUUCCACCCCAUCGUAUGGCUCCUUUAAAAAGACAUUGGUUAGAAAUUUAUUCACCCUUAGUUGAACAUAUGAAGCUCCAAGUUAGAAUGAACAUUAAAUCAAAAACGGUUGAGCUUAAGACUUCACCUUCUACUGAAGAUGAUGGUGCUUUGCAAAAAGGUGCAGAUUUUGUUAAAGCUUUUGCUUUAGGUUUUGAAGUAGAAGAUGCUAUGGCUUUAUUAAGAUUAGAUGAUAUUUAUAUGGAUACAUUUGAAAUUAAAGAUGUGAAGACAUUACACGGUGAUCAUUUAGCUCGUGCUAUUGGUCGUAUCGCUGGUCGUGAUGGUAAAACUAAAUUUACUAUUGAAAAUGCAAGCAAAACUAGAAUCGUUUUGGCUGAUACAAAAAUUCAUAUUCUUGGUUCAUUCCAAAACAUCAAGAUUGCUCGUGAUGCUGUUGUUAGUCUUAUUUUAGGUAGUCCUCCCGGUAAAGUUUAUGCUACUCUUCGUACUAUUUCUGCUCGUAUGAAGGAACGUUUUUAGAUUUAUACAUGUAUAUUCUUUUUUUUUUCUUCCAGCCUUUAAGAUGUUUAUUUUGCAUAGAUAAUUUAUAUGCCCCUUCCCUUUCCCCCCCUUUUUUUUGUAAUAUAAUAUAUACUGUCAUGAUUUUAUCUCUCUUUUUUUUUAAUGUUCACUUUCUUUUAAUUAAAGUAUCAAUGAUAUAAUAUCUAUAUAGAAU